AUUAGCAUUCUCUAUUACAUGCAAUGCUUCUUGCUUCCAUAUGAUUGUUUUAUGUAUUGAAUCAAUUUUUUUGUCCUAUUGGACGACGGACGGUACUGAAAACUAUGUCAAGGUUAAUGUUUAUUAAGUCUCUUUCAUACAUAUCCGUUAUUGUCAUGUUUUUAUCCCAGCAUCUGUUCAGAUGCUGACGUUUUUGACGAUUUCGGGUUAGGGAUGGACAAAAAUAGCAUUUAUACUGUAUAGUAGUGCAAUUUUUGGCAUGCGGCCACCAACCUAUUGCGGUGCAUUAGAGUAUAGUGAUUCGGUUUGUAGAGUUCAUUUACUGGUGAGAUAAUAAUCAAGUGAGAUACAAUCAAGCAAGAAAAGAAUAAUUGUUAUCGAUAUUCUUAAUUGUUCGAUGUUGGUUAAACCAAGUCGCAGGAGUCGUAGCAUUGAUGAAUUCGUCGAGCAGCAAUUCGCCAUCAUCAUCAUCCCACCAAGUGAACCACAGUGUAGUUGGGCAAGAAUGGUGCAUUCACGCCCAGCUAACAAUAUCUCACCCUCAAGUACAACCACCAAGAAAUACUAGCACUACUGCUGCUGCUGAAAACAAGAAUGUGCCAAUUAUUAAUGGCAAUACCUCUUCAAUAAGUGAUAAAAAUGUCAAUCAGGUUGGGAAACAGAUAAAACCUGGGAGCAAUGUCCAUUUUCAAUAUUCCUGGACUACCACCAGUGAUACCGGAACAAAAAUUACUCAAAUUGUACCUGAAACUGCAGGAAUACAAAAAUUUGAAAGCUGGCCUCGGUCAUCGAAUAGCUCGGGAAUAUUAUCAUCACAAGUCCAACAUGACUCUGGCUAUAACACUGAAAGCAAAAAUACUAGCACAUUACCAACAACUACAGUCUCUAAAGGCGUCAGACCAAUUAAGCCAUAUGAACGAAGGUGUAGGAGCACUUGCACAAUAAUACUAUCGAAUAAUAUUGAUGAUACGGCGCAAAUUACAUCAUCAACGACGAGCUACGCCGCCCGCUCAAGUUCAUUGGAGAGACAACCCAUUGUUUUUGACAAUAAUACCAAAACCAAUAAAUCAAUUCAACAGAAGGAUGCAGGAACCCAGACAUUGAAUCGAGUAAUCUCAACUGACCUUGGUUCACACAAUUAUGACUCGCCCGUCGGAAAUACAUAUUUAACACCCCGACCACAAGGAUCUAAUUCCAAUAACAAUAGUAUUGGAAGAGGCAACUAUGUGGACCGUCGCAAACGUCCGGUUUUUCAAAGGAAAUCUCCGGAGCAUGCAACCCCCCAGGAACAUUCCAGCAGGAGCUUAACACGACGAUCUUCUGGUUCGGCAAGAGCUAAAUCUUCUCCUCCAGUACGGUCGUCAUAUCAAAAACCAAAUCACCAGCCACGUACUGUACAUAUUGAUGUAUACUGCACUGGUUCGGAAAUGUCAUCCAACACGGAUGAUAAUUCAUCUUCCACUGGAGGGGGAGAAAGAGGAGAAGGAGGAUCCUCAUCAACUCCAGAAACGGUCUACGACUCUAAACAAUAUAAAAUAUUUCAUCAGCAAAAGAAAAACGAGCUGCCAUUCCAUUUUGAGGGCCUUAAAAUUAGCAAUAAACCAUCCUCAAAACCAGCAAAUACAGAAGUAAUUCGAUCCCGAAUAGCCAUUGACCCUAAUAAUAUGAAUAGAACAUUAGAAUUUGACGGACCUUCACUUAAACUAGAAAAAGACAAAUUGGCAGAGUUUAAUUCAACGCCUACAUAUCAAACCCAAAAGUUACAAUCCAAGAAUUUUCUACAGAAGGAUGAUUCUAAAGACACAAUCAGUUCAGCAUACCCAUUCCCAUCCAGGGAAUCUACUUAUUCAUCACUUGUAUCUGCGUGGUCAAAUACAGAAACGGUUGAUUCUUCUUGGAAAUGUGCAAGGAGAUCGGAAACGAUGGACUCCUUGGUUCUUAAUACGGAGGAACAAGAACCAAUUAUUACUAAUGACGAAAAGAUGUCACGUCACUUAUUUGAUUCUGGAACGAGUGCUGAAUUAGGCGCUCAUAAUCAGUACGUUAACCUUGUUGCCAACGAAUUGAGAGGAUGUCGGGCAACAAGUGAAGAAAGUCAAGUUAUGCUCCGACGAUAUAGGAGGUUAAAUAACGAAACUUUCGAAUCCGACACGGAAGAAUCAUCCAACUUGAUGGCGAUGAAACGUCUUUCAUUUCCAAACUGUAACUUACACGACAACAAUAAGCUUACUCCUCCCUUCAUGAAACCCACUAUUGGGAAUCACAAUAAUUAUUCUCAUUUGGGUACUGCAACCAAGUUUGGUCCUGUGGUCAAAGGCUUGAAGAAACCGGGUCAUCAUAUCCCUGGGCCAGCAAGAAAUCCACAAUGGUGUACUUGUGACCACUGCAUUAGUCAGAAAUUCAUGUGACUCUGGCAAUACAUUUGCUGUUUGCUGCUUACAUUAAUCAUGGACAGUUUUAUGCAGGCGUGCUUUGCAAGACAACUUAAUAUCAAUAUCAACUUUAUCAAUUCAAGAUAAAGAGAAUCAAAAUUAUAUCACUGCGCCAUACAUCCGUGAAACUCUUCAACCGACGCUCAUCAAAUCGAAGCUCACCAACCGAAUUGUUAUGAUAGCGCAUAAAGGUCAUGCGAAUUUUCACCGAAAAACACACCGAUAUUUGGGUUUCUUUCUUCUUGACCAAUGAUCAAGAAGAAAGAUUAUACAACAAAAUUGUAUAAUAAUAAUAGUUAGUUCCUUAUCUGACAGUUUAAGCGUUAUUGAAAUAAGUAUUAUUUAAACAUAUGUUAUAUUGCACUGAAUAAACGUUGCUUGUAUGCUUUCGCUUA